UAUUGGAAUAGAUGUCUCUGCAAUGAAAGUUUUUGUAUCGCACGUUACAUCUUCCAUCAGUCUCGUCGCUGUUAUAAACAGAUAUUUAAAUAUUGAUAUUAUUUAACGAAAUUUAGUGAUACAUACAUACAAAUAUCGAAGCAUAUUUCGUGGUUUCAUGACAUUUCCUUGAGUGUUGUAUGAUAUGCCUCUUAUUUCACUUUCUUCCCUAUUUGUUUCAAGUACAUGUAUAAUUGAAUGCGUUGGCGGGAAAUAAGAAGGAAGAGUGUUUACAAGAAGUUGUUAGAUCUAUUUUGACUCAUUGUCAGUUUUAGUUCUGUUCAUUUAAUUGAUUACAGAUCAAGGUUUUCAAAGAACCAAUAAAUAAUUGAAAGAACCGAUGGCAGAACGGCUGGAAGACCUCAACUUACCAAAUGCGGUUGUAUCAAGAAUUAUAAAGGAAGCAUUGCCGGAAGGAGUCACAAUUGCUAAAGAUGCCAGAACCGCUGUAGCAAAGGCUGCAUCUAUUUUUAUACUGUAUUUAACAUCCUCUGCAAAUGUGAUUGCUAAAAAGGCAAACCAUAAAACGAUAAGCGGCCAAGAUGUUAUACAAGCGAUGAAUGACAUAGAAUUCGAUCAGUUCAUUGAUCCACUGCAAGAGUCGUUAGAAAAUUACCGUAAAACUCAAAAGGAAAAGAAAAAUGCGACAUCAAAGAAAAAGCAACAGAAGAAAGAUGGGGAUGAUGUAGUAGAAGACGAAGAUGGGGGAAGGGAAGUUAUGGCCUUUUGAUACAUCUUAAACAUACAUAUGUGUAAAAAUAAGUAUAAAGAUUCAUACUAUUUUACAUGCUUAGUAUAUAAGACUAGAAGUUUGUCACAUUCUAUUUAUUAUUACUAAAUGAAAAGCAAAAUAUAUUAGUACAAAAAUAAUUGAAGCAUUCAAAAUAAUUUCCCUUAACUCCUAUUAUUUUUUUUAAACAAACAUGGUGAUUGGUAAUGGUUUUUUUUAUACAAAUUCUUUUGUUUACGAUCUUUUUAUUUUAACAAUUUUUGCUCAAACAGUAUACACAAAUCAAUAAAAUGUCAAUGCUUUAUUAAUGGAUAGUUUUAAUAUACUGAUUUACAUAAAAUUUUUUUUUUAUAAAAAUUCACUUCUAUCAUUUAUAAAAGCUUGCUUAUAAUUCUGGCUUUUGUAUUAUUAACUCUCAACCACUUUUCAACGGAUUAAAAUGUUUUUUAUCUUCACAGUAUUUAUAAGGCUAUUACACAUACAGAUAUGUUGGUGACCAUUUGAUAUAAAAAAUCAUAUUGUGUAACCGAAUGUUAAUAAAUGCAAUUCAUUCUAUUAUUGUAUCCUCAAAUAUUUGGUAUAUGCAUUGUAGAUAAUAUAAAAAAAAAGUAGGUAAUAUUAAUCUAUUUUAACUAUAAUUAUAACGUAUAUUGGUAUAAAGAACUGUCUUUAUGGCACUGAACAGUAACAGAUUAGGAUUCAAACAUGCAUGUACCUAACUGAGACUCACUGUUUUGUAAAAGAAUAUUUUAAAUUGGAAUCGCAAAAUUGUCAACCAAAAAUAAAAUGUAAUAAUUGGAAUCGCAAAAUUGUCAACCAAAAAUAAAAUGUAAUAAUUGGAAUCGCAAAAUUGUCAACCAAAAAUAAAA